AUGCCUCCUCGUGGUAAUCGGGGCGGCGCGCCUCAGCAAACCAACCGUCAGCCUCGCCCGACGAACCAAAUGGCCUACCGGCCUCAGCCAGCGCGAGGGCGGGGUGCACCUGUACAGCAGCAACACAUAGUGAGCCACCAACAGCAAGUUGUCAUCAACCAUCAAACCACCGUGGCUCGCCCUCCCGCUGCAUCACCGCCCCAGAACGCGCAAACGCAACAUCAGAUCAAUCAGAUGAAGCAAGCUCAGCAAGCCCAGCAGAAACAAAUCGCGCAGCAGCAGAAAACUAUGCAGGCUCAACAGCAAGCCUACCAGAAACAACAGCAGCAAGCCCAAAAUCGCGUGGAGAAGGAGCGCGCUGCACAGCAAAAGGCAUAUACGAGGCAACAGCAUGAGAUGCAAGCCCAGCACAAGGUUCAGCAGCAGAAUUAUGUUAAGAGCCAGGAGGAGCUGAGGAGGCAAAGGGAGAAGGAACAACGUGAAAGAGAGCAAUGGGAGAGAGCGUUGUAUGAGCGCCAGCAGUGGGAGCGGGCACAAUGGGAGCAAGAGAGGCAGAGGAGUGACUGGGAGCGCGACGAGUACGAAAGGCAACAAUGGGAAAGACAGCAAUGGGAAAGGGAGCAGUGGGAGCAGGAGCGCGAAAGGCAGAAACGUGACGACGCAGCUAAGCUCGCCGCAGGCGUCGCACUUGGUGCGGGCGUUGUGGUCGGAGGUGUUGUUGCCGCCGAAUACGUUUCCGAAGGAAGCGAUGUCGGGUAUGGUGGAGACAAUGUUGAGAUGCAGCAGUUCACUGGAGGCGGCGGUGGGUUCUCGGCCGAUCAGAACCAAGGCGGAGGUGACGACGGGGGCUGCUGUGAUUGCUGUGGAGACGAUUGCUGUGAUGGAGGAUGCUGUGGUGAUGGGUGUUGUGGGGACGACUGCUGUACUGGAUGCUGUGGUAAUGAUAAUGGGGAAGACAGUGGAUGGUGCUGUUGUUAAGUAGUCCCCUCUUGACUGCAUUGGAGCAAGGGCAUUCGUCCUGAGCUCGUGGAGAACCGGCCCUCAUCCGUAUUCCGAGACAUACUGGUAGAUUGUGAAGCAGUGUUUUCUCUUCCAGCGCUCGUCAAGUACGUUUACUUUUAUUCGAACGUCAUCCAACGUGGAUGCCAUCUC